AUGGAAGACACGAAGUCUCUCAAGUCAGUCUUUGCCCAAGCCGAAGAGCGGCGACUGGCCCUCGAGGGCGCCUUCGAGGUCACAGACCCCAGCUAUCGUGACGUCCUUUCCAACGCAAUAGACGAGUACACCGAAUGCUUGGAGCUCAUCAGCCAGCUGCGCAUGUUCAGUCCCAACGAGUCCCUGGAGGACCUGUCCACAACCGAUCUGCCCUAUUUGCUGGUGCACUACCACCUCGCAGAGCUCAUUCAAAAGGUCCCCACCACUUCGCCUACUGGCCGCAAGACCGUUCUCGAAAAGGCUCGACACUGCUAUGAGCGCUUCCUCUACAUAAUAGACAGCUACAGCCUUCUGGAGCCCCAGUACUCAAAAAUGCUCGAAACCUAUAGCGAAGAGCCGUCCUCAUUCUCCACAACCCCCUCGUCCGACCCAGCAAUCCGCCGCAACGCUAAGAUCGCAAAUUUCAAGGCCGAGCAAGCCCUCAAGCAGAAGCUUGCGUAUCUGAGGAGGAACCCAUCAUAUGGCGACCCGGAUGAAGAAGACGGCCUGGGAGGAGACGAGGAGAUAGUCCGGCAGGUCCAUCUUGCGAACCUCGGCCUCUGUAUCCACAUGGCCUUCCAAUCCCUAGAGUCGUUGAACCGUGAGGCGGAGAUUCUGGCUCAGGCACCCACGCCUUUACUUCCCCAGGCCACCACAGUCGAGGAUGACGAAAGACGGCGGCGCGAGGAUCUCAGGCAUGAGGGCUAUUCAGACAGGCUUGACAGGCCGUUCAAGAGGUUACAGAGCUUCAACGGACCACUGCUGAGCAAGGAGGGCAAGCCUAUACAGCCGUUCACAAUCGUGGGGACCAGGCAAGAUCUGGCCAAGCAGGUGUUCAGGCCUGGACAUAAUCUGCCAACAAUGAGCAUCGACGAGUACCUCGAUGAGGAAAGGCGGCGAGGUGGCAUAAUUGAAGGAGGUGGGGAGGCAAGUGGGAGGCAACCCGAGCCAGAUGAAGACAACAUCGAGAAAGCAGAUGCAGAAACGAUGAAGGCGCGAGCAUGGGACGAAUAUGUGGAGGCAAACCCGAAAGGCAGUGGCAACACAUUGAACAGGGGGUAG